ACUUCAGUCACUUCUGACUGCAUGUUACGCUUCACACGUUUUUAAAACCUGGAUCCACACGUGCUAAUCUGAGGAGUGACGCUCCUGUGAAUCCAACCUGUCGCUGUCAUUUCGGGCUGGUGAGCAGAGGUGAGGUGAGCGCAACCGCUGCGCUUUCCUUGCCACUUUCUACCAUCGUCCUCAAAGCAAUCAAAGAUUUUAAUGAACUCAUGAGGACCUAUGAACAACUAUGAAGACCACCAGAAAAUGCCGCGCUCUGCUCUCUGUGGGUUUAAAUCUGUUAGCUCUAUUAUUCUCAACGACAGCGUUCCUCACGACCUACUGGUGCGAAGGGACUCAGAGGGUCCCCAAACCCAACUGCAGUAACGAAAGACGGCAUAAUUGUAUUGACUAUGGGGUGAACGAGACAGACCCGAGCAAAGUUCACUAUAGCUGGGAAACGGGUGACGACCGUUUUCUGUUUCGGCAUUUUCACACUGGGAUCUGGUACUCGUGUGAGGAGAAUAUCCACGGAGAAGGUGAGAAAUGCAGGAGUUUUAUUGAUCUGGCCCCAGCAUCGGAGAGAGGUGUCCUUUGGCUGUCAGUUGUGUCUGAGGUGCUAUACAUCAUGUUGCUGGUCGUUGGCUUCAGUCUGAUGUGCUUGGAGCUUUUUCACUCCAGUAAUGUGAUUGAUGGACUUAAACUGAACGCCUUCGCUGCAGUCUUCACUGUGCUCUCAGGUCUCCUGGGGAUGGUGGCUCACAUGAUGUACACACAGGUCUUCCAGAUCACAGUCAGUUUGGGUCCAGAGGACUGGAGACCUCACACAUGGGACUACAGCUGGUCUUUCUGUAUGGCCUGGGGCUCUUUCACGUGCUGCAUGGCUGCAUCCGUCACCACUCUCAACUCCUACACAAAGACGGUGAUUGAGUUCCGUCACAAACGGAAGCUCUUUGAGCAAGGCCUGCGAGAGGAGCAAACCUUUCUGGACCCAGAAGCCUUCCAUUACUUCCGUAACAGGUCUAUCCAGUCCAUCUCCAGCUCAAUAGACAUUUACCCAAGCCACGGAAGCAGUCAUGGAAGCAGUCAUAGGAAAAUGCGGUCCCCGCCGGCUCCGAUGGAGCAGGGAGACAACACAGAUUCUCUGGGAGAGGAACAGUGCUGAGUGGAGGUACAUCCGGUUCUGCACAGGUGGCCUUGCUCUGACUGGAGAGACUCUUGGGUGGAUAUCUCAGAACACCGGGAUUUAGGGGGUUAAACAUUUCAAUUUGAAUUGUUUUAAUAAAUGAGGGUGAGGAUUGGUGAUUGACUGAUACAGGGUUUUUAAUGCACAAUGCUGAAACAAUAUCUUAAGAGCAGCAUGGUCGAUAUAAUACAGAUAUAUACAUAAAACUAUGUAUUGUUCAUAAAAUGACACACAAAAUUGCUGAAAUUCUCUUAUUUUCCACAAUAUUUACAAAAAAGUAUUUUUUGCAUUUUCAAAGUUGUUGGUAGAUUUUACAAGUGCUACAUGAGCGAACAGACUGAUCACACUGUGAAUUCGGCAAUAUCUGCUGAAGUCUGUGCUUCCUGAAAUUCGCAAACCUCUGCCCCCAGUUGUUGUUGAGGUGAAAUAUCCACAGUUGAAACAGUGACGUGCCAAAAGUUGUAUUCUUAGUUGUAAAUUAGGUUAUGCAUCCAAAAGGAAUGUGUAUUUCAUUACCCUAUUCCCUAAAGCCCACUAUACACUGUUGGAUUUAUAUAGUCCUUUAAGAUGGUUGCUUGUCAGACUGUACAAUAUGAAUGACUGUAUGAUACACAUCGUAGCUGACUGUGGUCCCAAUUGCUAUGAUCAUUGAAUGUUAGCACUGCGUAAUAGAAGCGAAACUUCAUUUUUAUUCUUAGUUGUAAUUAUUUAUUUUAUUUUUUUUCUGAAAGAAAAAGGCAUCAGCAUUUCUGCUGCUCCAAUACCACUCCAUCACUAGCAUAAAAUAUAAAAAGUUGAAUUUAGUCAAAUAGGCCUAUAAUAAGACAGAACAUUACAGAUGUUGAGAAUGAGUGGGGGAGGUAGCCUACAAAAAAGUUUUGUUAUAGUAUGUGUUUCUCCUCGUAACGCAGUUCAAUGGAAAGGAGGAGGCGAGAACUGGCUUGACGAUAUAAAUAAUAGUUUUAAUGAUGAACUGAAACAAAACACAAAACACACAUGACGGACAUAUCUGUAAACUAUCUCUCUCUCGUCGCACCACCAUCUGCCAUAGGCCUUUAUCACUCUCGGAGGCUUAUUUAGCAUGAUAAGGGACCGGGUGCGUAUAAUCACAACCCGGCCCAGCCCUCCGCCCUGCCACACUCCUCUUUUAGAUUAGUAAUCUAUAGGCCAUGCAAAAUGUUGAAACUUAAUGUAGGCUAAUAUUGAAUAGCGCUUGCAAAUUCCCUAUGGAUAAUGCACAAACAUGACAUAGUUUUCUAUAAUUGCAUCCAACUGUAUCCGCUAAUUUGGAUUAAAACAUCCCAUAAAUACUUACCAAUAUAAAUAGUUAUUUUUAUUUUUUAUGAUUUUUUUUUAUUAAAUUGGAGUGGUGUACUGUAAAUCUUAACUAAAGAAGUUUACAGACAUUAAAUAAAUUGAUUAAAAUUAGGCUAAAAUAGUAAUUAAAAUAAAAUUGUAAAGAAAAUGCAUGAUAAAUGUAAAGAAAAAAAUACAUGCAAUCAUUUAUUUAGUCAUAGUAUUAAUAUAAUUCGGGGAAUAAUGCUUUCAUAUUGCUGGCGUGUUACACUUUUCUCCAAGUAAUUUCAGCUUAUUUAUUUAUUAAAACUUUUUAUAUAAAAUUAAAAGAAGAAAAAAAACAUAGAAAGAGCUCGAGUAGAGAUAACUGGGCUCAAAUGUUGCUAUGGUGCAAACGCGGAGCAGGUUUUUCUCCAAGGAGCACACUUGGCGGGUUUUCUUGGUGCGAGAGAGGAGUGAACAAUCUCCUCUGGCCGUCAAAAAGCAGUCACACUAUUUGCAUGUGAUGCUAAAUUUCUGACACUGCCAGAACUUCAUCGGAGGCUAAAGAUCAUUGCAAAGUCUAUUAAUCGGCCGUCGAUGAGCAUGCCACACUAAAAUUUAUAAGAUUGCCAAUUUUGCCCUACGACAGAAAUCCUUUAGGAUUCCAAAAAUUUGUCUUAAACAGCAGAAUUGUGGCCAAAAUCGUGAACAUUCAGGAACAUUCGGAAGCAGCAUGUCGAUUUCCUGUGUGAUCAUGUUGGAGCGAAAUACUACUUCUGUUAAUCAGCUAGCAUAGUAUUCGGCAGGUGUGUUCAUUUUACAAUGGCCAAAUAUCGUCUGAUCACUCCAGAGGAUGGACAUUAAUAACUGUACAAAUAUUGUAUAAGGUGUGUGAUCAGCAAGCUGGACCUUAGCAAUGAGAAAUAUGGUAUUGUAAAUAUAAUAUUUGGAUGUGAGCAGUUUCCCUCUGACAGCUGGGGCAGGUGGGGAACAAAACUAAAUACACUGCCAUAAGGACUGUGCAGUGCAGGCAGAGGUCUUUCUGCUGUUUAAACUGAAUCUAAGCAUCUGUCGGCCUCUUGCCCUGACAACUAGUCAUGCUCCUGAGAAUUUACCAGUUUUAUACAUGAAAUGUCCUCCUUCCUUGGUGGAAUCUGCUUGAAUAUGCCUUCAUUUUAAAAACAGCAGAGUAGACAAAUGUUUAUAUGCCGCCUUCAAUACUGCUGCAGCUGAACACAGGAGAAGUACAGCCCAUUUCAGAUGCAACAUCCGCUAGGUUGUAUUAAAGGUUAUUGGCACUUGGGUUUUGCCUGUUUCUGUCAUUUUGUCGUACAUUACUGGGUUGAUUAGCAGCAUUCAAUGGCAAAAUCAUAAUCCCCCAACUUUUUUGGAAAUAUGUUGAACGUAUUGUUACGGUACAAACAAUGAAUGGAUCUCUGUCUAUUACUGAUUGUACUAAAUUAUAUAUUUAUCUAUGUGUGCACUAUAAUCCUGUCUUUUUCUUUUGAUAAAAACAAAAGAGCUUAGAAAUUGUCAUCUUGGUGACUUUUCUUCUUGCGUUUAUAUUUAGACUAAGUCUCAUGAGUAAGUCACGGGUAUGGUAUAUAUAGGGUGUGAUAAGUACAUCUCUCUCUUGAAUCCACAGAAAAGUUGCAUGUGCCUUUUAUUCUGUAGAACUAACAGUUUUAAGUCAAGGUGUGUGAUAUUCUUUUGAGUAUCUAUUUAAAAACAUGUUGAAUUGAACCAUUUAAAGAAAAAUAAGUUGUUUAGACUUGUAAAAAAGACAUUCAGAGGUUAUUUAAAUACUUUGGGAAGUUAUUGUAAAGUGGAGUAAUGAAAAUAUAGAUUUUUACUAGAAGACAUUUUGUCUUUGCUCUUAAAAGUAAUGACCUUCUUAAAAGGAAUCGUUCCUCCCUAACAACUGCAGCAGAGCCACAUGUCUGUGUGCAUUGGUUUCUCAGUGAAACAUUUCCCAGGAGUUCAGAAUUUUUUUUAUUCAGGCUGCUGAAUUGCACAGUAUUUACUAGAAGUCAUAAAACUGCUUGCUGUAGCAAGCGUUAGCAUGGUUUAGAGCAUGCAUUAAGCAGAAACCCAUCAAACAGCCAGUCCAAUUUAAAGGGAUUGAUCUUCCAGUGUGAAAGGCAGCAGCUGGAGAUCACACUAAUGCAACACACUCAUAAGUCAUAGAAUCAGUUCUGAAUUGUGUGAAAUUUGUCAGUAACAC